UGUUCAUUCAGUGUCCCAUUCCUCCAUAUUCAAGCGGAUGGUCUUUCUUUCUGUAUAGCGUGCAGGGAAUUCACGAUGGGUGCAUAUAAGUAUAUGCAAGAAUUGUAUAGAAAGAAGCAAAGCGAUGUACUGCGUUUUCUGCUGCGUGUUAGGUGUUGGCAAUAUCGCCAAUUAACCAAAAUGCAUCGUGCACCCAGACCAUCCAGACCUGAUAAAGCUCGCCGUUUAGGAUACAAAGCUAAACAAGGCUUUGUUAUCUUCAGAAUUCGUGUGCGUCGUGGUGGACGCAAACGUCCAGUACCUAAAGGUGCAACUUAUGGCAAACCUAAAAGCCAUGGUGUAAAUCAACUUAAACCUACCAGAAAAUUACAAUCUGUUGCUGAAGAACGUGUUGGUCGUCGUUGCGGUGGUUUAAGAGUAUUAAACAGCUAUUGGGUAGCUCAAGAUUCUUCUUACAAAUAUUACGAAGUCAUCUUGAUUGAUCCAGCACAUGGGGCUAUCCGAAAUGAUCCUAAAGUUAACUGGGUAUGUAAUGCAGUACAUAAACAUCGUGAACUUCGUGGAAAGACCUCAGCUGGUAGGAGUUCGCGCGGCUUAGGUAAAGGUCAUCGUUAUUCACAAACUAUUGGCGGAUCACGAAGGGCUGCGUGGCUUCGAAGAAACUCUCUUUCGCUACGAAGAAAGCGAUAAUUAUUUUUUAUUGUUUACCAUCUACAUCAUUGAAAAACACGAUACAUCAUUUUAUUGUAUAUUCGUAUUAUUUCAAUAUAAUGGUGUAUCUUGUGAAAAAUAAAUGUCUCUUUCUUAAAGAUCUCCAAUUA